GUUUUUUAUGCAGACAGAGUGGUGCUAUCCAAGAGGGCAUUCCCGAGGACAUUUCCAGCAGUUGUUGGAUGGACAACAAGUCAGUUGAGAGCAAGAGAAAAUGCAGAGGUUAAGGGAGGAGGAUUUGGUUUGGGUUACAUUGAUGAGCAGAUGAAGAUGGAAGAGAAAAAGGGAAGAGAAGAGAUGGGAAGCAAUGACAGAGGAGAGCCUGUAGCGGGGACUAGUGCACAAGUACGAGGCGCUGACGAACAGGACACAUGUGAAGAGGAUGUCAUUGUCAAAUUGGAGGCUAAAUCUGACAUGCUGGCCUCGAUAGCAAUUGAAAUGGUGAGUUUGAUUGAACAAGGGCCAAGUGAUCUUCAAGUGAAAGAAAAUAUGAUCAAAAUUGUGGAAGUGGCGAAAGUGCUGAUUGGAUUAGCACAGAAACAGACAGAAAGCCGAACAGAGACGCCAAGGCAGCUAGAUGAAGAUGAGAUAGCGGACCAAUUGUUUUGGUCAGAUCCUAGGACUUUAUAUGCACUAGAGGAGGCUGAAAGAGAUGAGUUGAAAAGGGUUCAGAAUAAACGCAGGCUUGAGGAUAUUCCUACCUUUAGCUUAGGGUUGACACAGGCUGAAAAAGAGAAUGAGGAGGGGAGAAUGUUGGAGAACAAUAUUCACAAGAACAAUGCAGAGGUGAAUGAAGGUCAAGUGGUGGUUCACACAAAACCCAAUAAAGAGGGGGACACUGUAACAGUUGAUGACAGACUUCGAAGAAGGCUCAAAACAGCGGUUGUUCAUAAAUCGCCAUUCAUUAGUAGAACUGUUGACCCAAAUGAAGCAUUUUCGGCGGUAGAAAAGGCUAUUUGGUCGUGGAUCUUACUGGAUUCUGUUGGGGACAGUGAGGUGGUGGUUUUUAAAUGCAAGGGAUUGAGUGUGCCAAAAUCUGGUUUCAAAUGUAUGAAAGGGAGUGGACAUAUUCAGAGUGUUGUACUGAGGACUUGGGCCACUGUGUUGAACAGCAGAGAAGAGCACAAGAGUGAUGAUUCACCGUGUCGGAUUUUCACAAAGCCCUUUCCUUGCGUGUACAGCACGGACGGAAGCAAAAUGACAACGAC